UUCAUCUCCACCAAGCUCACAACACUAGAGAGUGAAUACCUCCGAAAGUUUUUACCAAAAGAAAGUGGGCGACCUGAGAUUUAAACACAGAAAAAAAAUGGCAGCUUCAAAGUUAGUGUUUGUGUUGGUAGUUAUGGUGGUUGCAUCUCUCCAGUUGCAAUCCACGGUGGCGCAGACAAGGCACGUCGUCGCAGACGCCUUUGGUUGGAACAUUCCAUCUGCUGCCGACACAUACACCACCUGGGCUUCUGGCCAGACCUUCACCGUCGGCGAUUCUUUGUUUUUCAACUUCACCACAGGAUUCCAUGACGUUACAGAAGUUUCACAGGCGGCGUACGGCCCAUGCACCAUCGCUAGCCCCAUUAACUCCGUCACCACCGGCCCUGCUACGGUCACCUUGAGGACUCCCGGCAACCACUACUAUAUCUGUAGUGUCGGAGCUCAUUGCAGGAGUGGUCAGAAACUUACCAUCAACGUUGCUGCAGCCGGCACUGCCGGUACUCCUCCUCCGUCUACCUCCAGUCCAGCUCCCGCUGGUAGCAUGAUGCCGCCGCCAUCACCACCACCGCCAGCUGGUAACGCGUCCCCAUCUUUCACCGCCGUGGUACCCGCCACUUUCUUGGCCGCUGCCUUAGCUUUCUUUUACUAGAUUUUUUUUGGUUGAUUGUAUGGUGGUGUGUUUUUAUGUUUAUUUUUUUGUAAUAAAACAAAUGUGUUCGUUUUCAUAUAUAAUUUUAAAUAAAAAUAUUUGAUUUUUGCUUUUAAA